AUGCGCCCUGUAGCCUGGAGGUCACCGGUUCAGGUCCAGGGUAUUCCCCUGCUGGCCGUGGACAAGGGCCACCCAAGGUGGGGAGGGCUUAGGUCGAUGUCCAGCAACUUCUGUAGAUUGGCUGGGCAUAUGCAGGCCUGCCUGCAAGAGUCCCAGAGCUGCAUGGUCCUCCGACGCUGUAUCUCUCAAGGUAGCCGCAUGGCGGGCCUGCAGAUUUCCAUUCAAGGAGAGUAUCAGAGGAAACUAUACAAGGAGCUGAUGAAGAAUUACAACCCUCUUGAGAGACCUGUGGCAAAUGACUCCCAUGCUUUAACUGUCUCCUUCAGUCUUAGCCUAAUGCAGAUAAUGGAUGUGGAUGAGAAGAAUCAAGUUUUAACAACUAAUGUCUGGUUACAGCUGUACUGGCAGGAUUACUAUCUUCAGUGGAACUUAUCUGAAUAUCCAGGAGUGAAAAACGUUCGAUUUCCAGAUGGGCAAAUCUGGAAACCAGACAUCCUUCUGUAUAACAGUGCAGAUGAGAGAUUCGAUGCCACCUUUCACACCAAUGUCUUGGUGAAUUCUACAGGGCACUGUCAAUACCUUCCUCCAGGUAUCUUCAAGAGCUCCUGCUAUAUCGACGUGCGCUGGUUCCCCUUCGACGUGCAGAGGUGUGACCUCAAGUUUGGCUCUUGGACCUAUGGGGGCUGGUCCCUGGAUCUGCAGAUGAUAGAAGCUGAUAUAACUGGCUAUAUCCCCAAUGGGGAAUGGGAUCUUGUUGAGGUCCCGGGACGGCGCAGUGAGAGGUUCUAUGACUGCUGUAAGGAGCCAUACCCGGACGUGACGUUCACGGUGGUCAUGCGGAGGCGGACGCUGUAUUACGGUCUGAACCUGCUCAUCCCCUGUGUCCUCAUCUCUGGCCUUGCCCUGCUUGUCUUCCUGCUGCCUGCGGGCUCAGGGGAAAAGAUCUCCCUGGGAAUCACGGUGCUCUUGUCUCUCACUGUCUUCAUGUUGCUUGUAGCAGAGAUCAUGCCUGCAACGUCCGAUUCGGUGCCUCUAAUAGCUCAGUAUUUUGCCAGCACCAUGAUUAUUGUUGGCUUGUCGGUAGUCGUCACCGUCCUGGUUCUACAAUUCCACCAUCAUGAUCCUGACGGGGGGAAAAUGCCCAAAUGGACGCGAAUAAUCCUCCUGAACUGGUGUGCCUGGUUCCUGCGCAUGAAGAGGCCCGGAGAGGACAAGGUGCGUCCAGCCUGCAACAUCAAGCAGCGGCGCAGCAGCAUCUCCAGCGUGGAGCUCAAUGCCAGCACCAGCGUCCCGCACUCCACCAACGGAAACAUGCUUUACAUCGGCUUCCGUGGGCUGGAGGGAGUGCCCUGUAGUCCCACCCCUGACUCAGGAGUGAUGUGCGGGCGGUUGAUGGGAGGGGGCGAGGAGGACGUGCUGCUGCCAGCGGAGGGGGGUGGGGACCCCGAUCUCAUGAAGAUCCUGGAGGAGGUGCGCUACAUCGCCAAUCGCUUCCGAGACCAAGACGAGGAUGAUUCCAUCUGCAACGAGUGGAAAUUUGCUGCUUCCGUCAUCGACCGGCUCUGUCUUAUGGCGUUCUCUGUCUUUACCAUCCUACUCACCAUCGGUAUUCUCAUGUCGGCGCCCAAUUUCGUUGAGGCCGUCUCAAAAGACUUUACUUGAUCCCUGACCAUCUCCACAAACCACAAUCCACAAUGCAACCCUUAGACAGACUGAGAGCAACUCCUAUUGCUAAAUGGUUGUAAUUAGUGACUGAAAUGCAGUACCUCCUGUUAGCUCAAUAACUAGCUCAUAUUCUCUUAAGAUUUUUCUUCAUUUGCAUAAUAAAACCCUGUAGCGGAUAUUUUAACUUAAUGUUGAUUUUCUAGGUCAAUUAUGAAAACUACAUAGCUUAAUA